AUGUCAUCAAUAUCCAAAUCGGCUUUACAACGAUAUUACAAAGAUAUCAUUAUACGUAAUAGACAUCGAAUUAAUUUACUUCGUUUAUCAAAUCUUUUUAUUUAUGAUGAUUCUGCUUUUCCAUUAUUUCAUAAAAUACUGAAGUUUCGUCGAUUUGAAACACUUAUUCUUGAUAAUAUUGAAUCAUAUUGUCUUGAAAAUCUUUUAUAUCAAUUAACUUCUUCACCCUUUCGUUCUUCAUUAAUCAUUACUUCUGUUAUUGAUAAUGUUAUUAAUAAAAACGCUAUCUAUCGUCAAAUAUUUCGUCUACCUGCAUUGAAAUAUUGCAAAUUAUCAUUGAAAGGAUCUGUUGAUCCUGACCCACUACCAGUUGCUACCAAUGAAUACAGUCCAGUUGAACAUCUUAUUAUCAACAAUACGGUACGGUGCGAGCAACUUAAUAGUUUAAUAUCGUACGUGCCUCAACUUCGUCGUUUAUCGUUUUAUUCAUUACAUGAAUCUUACAGAAAACAAACAAAAAUAUAUCCAAGUACAUUAAACCAUCUGACACAUGUUUCUCUCAAAUUAUUUUCCAUUACAUUUGAUCAAUCGGAACAACUUAUCAUAAAUAUAUUUCCUUCCGUUCAAGUUUUACGCAUUACUGUAGGCAUAGUAUAUAUAGAUAGUAACAGAUGGAAACAACUAAUAUUAUGUCAUUUACCAAAUUUACGCAUCUUUGAUAUUUGGCUCGAGUUUUUUAUAGAUCAUAAUAAUGAUCAAUUGGAUAUUGAAGCUCAAAUUAAUCAGUUCACAUCUCCAUUUUGGAUCGAACGACAAUGGAUUUUUGAAUACCGAUUUUAUCAAACAAGAUAUGGUAAUUAUGCAAUCUUCUAUUCAACAAAUCCUUACAGAGGAAAGACUUACACAUUACAGAAAUAUCAAAAUAAAACAACCUGUUUAAGUGGUUAUGAAACAAAUCUAAAGUCAGUUAAUCAUGUUGAAAUCCAAAGUGAAAAAGAAUUGAUCAAUUGUAUCUGUUAUUUUCCAAAUAUUACUAAGCUUUCUUUUAAAGAUAACUUUACUACUAGUCGUAGUUCGAUUGCGACCAUUCUAGCUCGUAUUAUUCCUUUAAAACAAUUGACCAAAUUAGACAUUUAA